AAGCUCAGAGUCCCACCCACACACACACACACACCGCCCAGCCUUUAUUUCUCACACACACACACACACACACACAAAAGAACACAACACACAUCUCCAAAAAUGUCGGGCUCAUCUAAUCUCAUGGCCAUGAAGAAAGUGGUCCAGCAGCUCCGCUUCGAGGCGAGCAUCAACAGAGUGAAGGUCUCCCAGGCAGCUGCAGACCUUCAACAGUUUUGCAUGCAGAAUGCCAUGCAGGACCCUCUGCUCACUGGUGUGUCCUCCAGCACCAACCCUUUCAGGCCACAGAAGGUCUGCUCCUUCUUGUGAAACCACUGCAUUCAUCGGCCUUCAUUUUGAUGCUACAGGGAAAAGUUGACCUCAACACUGCUCCUCAUGCCAAGCCAUUAUACUGCCACGGGAUCUCUCGAGUGUAGAACACAUUGGAAUCAUGUCAGGAAGAUGACCAUCUAUUUUCAGCCACAGUAGAAGAAAGGAGACAGUUUUAUUUUCCAUGGCACAGUGUGAUUUUCGAGUAAAUAAUUGUGCCUUUUCUAUUGUUCUAUUUUAGUCAUCACUGUUCUGGACUUUUUUGUAUUUAAUGAAUAAAAAAACAUUCUUUACUA